ACCCCGUCGCGGUGCCAGGCCAUGGCCAGACCACCCGCCCCGGGCUCGGUGAUUGUCCCAGACUGGCACGAGAGCGCCGAGGGCAAGGAGUAUUUAGCCUGCAUCCUGCGCAAGAACCGCAGACGGGUGUUCGGGCUUCUGGAACGACCAGUGCUGCCCCCUCCCGUGGCCAUUGACACAGCCAGCUACAAGAUCUUCGUGUCUGGAAAGAGCGGCGUGGGCAAGACAGCACUGGUGGCCAAGCUGGCUGGCCUAGAGGUACCCGUGGUACACCAUGAGACCGCUGGCAUCCAGACCACCGUGGUAUUUUGGCCAGCCAAACUGCAGGCCAGUGACCGUGUUGUCAUGUUCCGCUUUGAGUUCUGGGACUGCGGGGAGUCUGCACUCAAAAAGUUCGACCACAUGCUGCCGGCUUGCAAGGAGAAGACAGAUGCUUUCCUCUUCCUCUUCUCCUUCACCGACCGUGCCUCCUUUGAAGACCUCCCUGGACAGCUGGCCCGAGUAGCAGGCGACACCCCUGGUGUUGUCAGGAUGGUCAUCGGCUCCAAAUUUGACCAGUACAUGCACACUGAUGUGCCUGAGCGUGACCUCACGGCCUUCCGGCAGGCCUGGGAACUGCCCCUCUUGCGGGUGAAGAGUGUGCCGGGACGGCGGCUGGCAGAUGGGCGCACACUGGAUGGGUGGGCUGGGCUGGCCGACGUUGCCCACGUGCUCAACGGCCUGGCGGAACAGCUGUGGCACCAGGACCAGGUGGCAGCUGGCCUGCUCCCCGACACCUCAGAGAACUCCCCCAGCUGA